GUGACGUUUUUCCAAUCGACUCCAGAAAACUCUCUCCGCCGCCGCGGCCUAGCGCUCUUGGACCCUCUUUCUCGUCAUUUUAUUCACUCAUGUCCGUCUGUCCGAACCCAAACCGAGCGGGACCUGCUGCCGUAUGAGGCGCUGAACACGGGGCUGUCGAUUUAAGCGGAGUUUUUACCCGGAAACUGAGUGAAAAUACAGUAACCAGACUGAGGGAGAGAUGACAUCCCGAAGGUGGUUCCACCCCAACAUCACUGGAGUGGAGGCGGAGAACCUUCUACUCACGCGUGGUGUGGACGGCAGUUUCUUGGCCCGUCCCAGCAAAAGCAACCCUGGAGACUUUACGCUUUCCGUCAGACGAAAUGGCGCCGUCACCCACAUUAAGAUCCAAAACACGGGAGACUAUUAUGACCUGUACGGUGGAGAGAAGUUUGCCACCCUGGCUGAGCUGGUGCAGUAUUACAUGGAACAUCACGGACAGCUGAAAGAGAAAAACGGGGACGUCAUUGAGCUGAAAUACCCGCUCAACUGUGCCGAUCCCACUUCUGAGAGGUGGUUUCACGGUCAUCUAUCUGGGCGUGAGGCAGAGAAGUUGUUGACAGAGAAGGGCAAGAACGGAAGUUUCCUGGUGAGAGAAAGUCAGAGUCACCCGGGAGAUUUUGUGCUCUCCGUACGGACCGGAGAUGACAAGACGGACACCAGCGACGGCAAACCCAAGGUCACCCACGUCAUGAUACGCUGCCAGCAUGAUCUGAAGUAUGAUGUUGGCGGUGGGGAGAAAUUCGACUCGCUCACAGACCUGGUGGAGCACUACAAGAAAAACCCAAUGGUGGAAACACUGGGGACAGUCCUGCAGCUCAAACAGCCUCUGAACACGACCCGCAUCAAUGCAGCAGAGAUCGAGAGCCGGGUACGAGAGCUCAGCAAGCUGGCUGAGGCCACAGAUAAGGUCAAGCAGGGAUUCUGGGAAGAGUUUGAGACGCUUCAGCAGCAGGAGUGUAAACUACUCUACAGUCGCAAAGAGGGUCAACGGGCAGAAAACAAAAACAAGAACAGAUAUAAGAACAUUCUUCCCUUCGACCACACGCGAGUCGUGCUGACCGAUGGUGAUGCAAAUGAACCAGGCUCUGAUUACAUCAAUGCCAACAUCAUCAUGCCUGAUAAUGAGACUAAAUCAAACAAUUCAAAGUUGAAGAGGAGCUACAUCGCCACCCAGGGCUGCCUGCAAAACACCAUCAGUGACUUCUGGAGGAUGGUGUUUCAGGAGAACUCUCGAGUCAUCGUCAUGACCACGAAGGAAGUGGAACGGGGAAAGAGUAAGUGUGUGAAGUAUUGGCCUGACGUGUCCGCGUUGAAGGAGUACGGAGCCAUGCGUGUGCGUAACGUUAAGGAAACCUCAGCACAUGAUUACAUCCUGCGAGAGCUGAAGCUGUCAAAAGUUGGACAGGGUAACACUGAGCGUACAGUGUGGCAGUACCAUUUCCGUGCGUGGCCAGACCACGGCGUGCCCGGAGACCCUGGCGGCGUGCUGGACUUUCUGGAAGAGGUCAAAAUGAAGCAGGAGGGCAUAAACGGGGCUGGACCCAUCGUGGUGCACUGCAGUGCUGGGAUUGGACGAACAGGAACGUUUAUCGUUAUUGAUAUUUUAAUAGACAUCAUCCGAGAAAAGGGAGUGGACUGUGAUAUUGACGUGCCAAAGACUAUCCAGUUGGUGCGAUCUCAGCGUUCAGGAAUGGUACAGACAGAGGCCCAGUAUCGAUUCAUUUACAUGGCCGUCCAGCAUUAUAUUGAGACUCUACAGCGCCGCAUAGAGGAGGAGCAGAAAAGUAAAAUUAAAGGACGAGAGUACACCAACAUCAAAUAUUCUCUCUCUGACCUGACUGGAGGAGAUCAGAGCCCUCUGCCACCGUGCACACCGACGCCAACCUGUGCCGAUUUGAGGGACGACAACUCUCGAGUCUAUGAGAAUGUGGGUCUGAUGCAACAGCAGAAGAGUCACAGAUGAGACUCCGACUCCAGCACUGUUCGAAUAACAGGAAUUGCUUUUGUUGUUGCCAGACGCUCCUGAAAACCUGAGAAGUGAUCAUGACUAAACAGAGACGACAAAAAAAAUCAAGGAAGAAAAAAAAAAAAUCCAGAGACCGGUCCACACGAGCUCAGAGACAUGCGGAUGGAGUGAAUUUCAUUUCUCCUUCCAGCUACGUAGCCUUUUAACCCCACACUAAGAAACCACUGUGACCAUCAUGAAGCCUUAUACUGAAUAAACCCAAAACAGCCCCUGCAAAAUCAUGUUUUUUUGGGUGUGGACUUUUCUGAAAUCAAUUCAGGCUACAAUUAGCGCUUGUGGGAAAAGCUUUCGCUAUUACGUUCUUGCCUCAUUCAUUUAUUUUUUUUCCUCUUUCUGGCUCUUUUUUUUUUUUGUAAAGAAAGCGAGAACUCUUUCUGGAAAGCAUUAAGCGUGAUACUCUAACAGAAAAAGGACACUAUCAUCACAUACGCCUUUACUAAGAUAAUUGGGAACAGAAGAGAAGCCAUUCUCAGCCAAGCAAAGGGAUGCUCUUCAUCUUCGCAAUACGGUUCAUUCAUUUUACUUGUGCCAUCUUAGCACUAGUUCUCGAUUCUAGUCCUCUGCCUUCAGUUUAAGCCCAGUGUCCUUAAGACUUUGCUCCGAACAGCAGGAGAACUUGGGUCGGAAAACCCUCGGUUUGCCUUUUUGUCCCCCUGGAGAGAGACAUCCUGAUUUCGAGGACUUUUCCGUGGUACAAAACGUCCGUGUCACUGGCUUGUUUGUGUUACUGAAUUGUUCUUCUGCAUCAGGCCACGGCACGCUGCAGCUGCGAAACCUGUUUCUUAUGAUUUUGUAAUGGUAUUUUGCUGUUUAAAAACACCGUAUGAACUUAAUUUCCAAAUCACUGUUUUAAAAGUGACUGCACAUUUGUAACCCUGAUGAUGUCUAGCUUGUAAAGAGCAGUGGAUAUAAUCAAGGGUUAUUCGGGCCAUCUAUGAUGGACACACUUGACUUGUAGAUGAGUUUUUGUUUUUUGCCAGGUCACAUGUUUUCAUUUUCUCAUUUUUCCUAGUUUUAACAUCUUUAAUCUUUGCUUGCUUCACUAACUCUUAACUCGUGUCCAUCUAACGUUGCUUGUUGUGUUCAACGUCAGCAGUAUUUUAACGUUUUCGCAAGUGCUUCUUUCCGGCCCGGUGUUCAUGUUAUUUGGCCUUGACUUUCUCGCUUUCUUCACCUUGAGUGAUGAGUCCUUACACAUUUAAAAAAGUAGGUGCUCUUUGAGUUGGUUUUCUCAGCGCAUCAUGUAUGUAUCCGCCGUCCUGUAAUGCGUUUAUUGUAAGUGUGUGAGCGUGUUUGUGUCUUAAAAAUACUGCUGUUUGUUUGCUUUUUUGAAGUCCGACUUCGGUCUUUUGUUUUUUCUUUUCUUUUCUAGCUUUGUCUCAAUGAUGUAAAGAAUACACACAUCUGUUUAUGUGUGUGUGUGUGUCAGUGACCAACAUCUUCCUUUUCUUUCUUUUGAAACAAACAAAAAAAAAAGUCGCUCCACGGAAAGCAUUACGGUCCAAAGCAACUAAUGUGAAUUUUUGUCAUCGUGAAGAGAACGAAACGGUUGUGGAACUCAAUGCAAACUAUAUUUUUUAAACUUGUAUAUUGUACAUGAAUAUCUUGUAGAGGAGAAUGUACUUACUAAACAUAUGUAAUUGCCAUUAAGAUAUACUGUAUGUUUAACCCAGCAGCAUCUCUUCUCGUGCCAGACGGUGAGCCUUACACAAGCUAAUAGGGUUGAUCGUGUUGUUCGGCCAUCGAUGCAAUUAACCAACAUGAACUCCUUGAUAACAAUAAACAAGAAGCUCACAUCUUCA